CAAAUGAGUGCUGAGGAUUUUGCUAAGAGUAUAGGUAUAGGGCUAAGAGAGUAUGAAAUGUGGGAAAUUUUAAAGCCUCAGGAUUUUAAGCGUUUUGACACAACUUCCUGUAAACUUUAUAGUCACAUCCUUCUGUCAUUACACCGUUUACAGACUGUUUGACCACGAGACUGUUUGACAAGCAGCCAUUUAGGUCAUUUAAGAUAUUUUUUUGCAUACAAUUAUACAGUAACUGGGAUUUGAACAACAAGAUGUUUACAACACAAUUUGGAGUGUUCUCCAUCUUUCUGUGGUGUUGCUGUAAUAAGAGUGAAGCCAUCCUCACUCUCAAGAGCCGAACCAGUGUGGCACUAGCAGGAGAAAAACUCAUCCACCAACUUGAGGUCACCAUCCUAGCUAACAGCUCCAGAACAGACAUCUUCUGUUACCAAAACAGUACUGGAAAACAAAUAUGGAAACAUGCAUUUACUGAAAAUCCUUCUUCUAAUCCAUUACCAAUAAAAUUGUCACCAAAUAUCAUCAUGAAUAACAGCUCAUGCUCUGGAGAAUAUUACUUCCAAUACCAGAAAGAGAAAGUGUAUUGGGUUGUUCUUGUACGAGACAUGGGCUAUCAGGCAGAUACAGAGACUUUGAUUAUCUCAUUGGCAGUUAUUAUCAUUGUUCUGCUGUCCCUCAGUAUCACUGGAUCAGUUUAUAUCUUCAAGUGGUACAAGAAUCAUCCACCAUUUGAAGGAGAUAAAAAUGAAGCAAAGGCCGAAAAAAGAAAGAGGAACACAGUUGCAACAGAAGAAGGAGACAUGUCCGAUUCAGUGUACACAACACUCGAUCAAACAACUGUCUCUGUUUAUGAUGUGCUGAAUGUGGAUGAGGAGAGAAGAGCAAGGACAGAGAGCCAAACGUCAAAGAAAAAGGCCAAGCCUUCAACGGGAGAGGAGGGGAUAUUUGAAUCAGUUUAUGAAAACCUAUGAUUAAAUAGUAUUUGUAUAUAAUGUAUAUCUUUUAAAUAUCUGUAAACACUAUACACAUAAUAAACGUUCGGUUCAUGUGUAUAUGUCUGCCAUUUGUGUAUAAUGUGUACAUGUCUGUUUUUGCAUAAACUAAUAAGCAAUUUUGUACAUACAGAAGGUGUCAAUAAAAAUGCAUAAACUCCAUAAACAUUCUUCUGAAGUUAACUUUCAUUUCAUUCAGACUGAAUGAAUAGUAAAUAUUUUGUAUCUGAUUUUUAGGUCAUUUUGGUGUGUAUAGUAUAUGUUGUUAAAGUAAAAGUGUAACUAAGUAUUUUCAAACAUCUACUACUGAGUGAACCA